AUGGACGUCGAUUCGGCAGACACACCGUCCCUAUACAGCCAUUCCGUCUUUUCCCCACAGACCGUUCAUCUUCAUUCCCCCUUACCCAGCUCUGGCUUUGGUACUCUCAACGAUCUCGCUGUCAGCAUGUUGGACAUGGACGACGACCGACGUUCCUCCUUCCAUUCGGGCGUCUAUGAACCUGCUAAUACCUCGCUUGAUCAAGAAUCCGACCCCGAGGACGACCCCGAUGUCGAAGACUCGCGUAUGAGCUAUCUUGGCCCCAAGAUGCGUUACCAUACGAAAGCGCCUUGGGAAGUCGGCGCUGCCCUAAAGGAGGAAGAAGAGGAGGAAAAUACAACAGAGAGUCAAGCAUAUUUGACCUCGUCGACUAAUAGAUUCAAGACAGGAAUCGUACGCCAUCUCCCAUUUGGCGGGGUCAAAUCUGGUAGAUCGAGCGAAGAGUCAACCACGUCUCGCAAACAAGUCAAGGUCUCUCUGGACUCUUCCUCCUCUCAAUCCUCUCAUUCUCGCGACGCUUAUAACAGGCUCUAUACUACCUCCCAAGGGAUCUCUUUCCAUGGCGGGUCUCAAACGCCGGUCUUUACGUCCAUUAGUCAUCCCCAAACACACACUCCUUCACCUUCUCAGAUUUCUCCGGCCAGUCCACGUUCAUCUUUGCCGUUCUUCUCCGAGACUACGUCUUCUUCGAUUCCGCACGUCAACGAUUUCUCCACAGAAACCAGCGGGAGUUUUGAAUUGGACUCCAAACCUCCCUUCUCCUAUUCCGUAGAAGAAACCCACCCAUAUGCUAACCCCGACCUUGCAUGUUCCUCUUCGAACGAAUCAACCACUUUUCACCCUCAUGAUCAACGUGGCUCUUCCCCUACCAAACCAAUAGACACAGCGACCACCGGGGCAGAUUCGAAAUCUUACCCACAUCCUCCCGUAUCAAUUGAUCGGGCCCCUUCAAGCCCCCGUUUGCAAAGCUUCAAGAACCAAGGGAAAGAGAUAUCUGCUCCGGUCCUCAUUCGCGGCAGUCCGUGGAAAUCUGCCGACUCAUCAGGAACAGACAAUUCACUCCCACCCCCACAUUUUCCUGGUUGGAAUGACCGAGCCUCCUCUCCCGCUUUCAAUCUCAUCUCCCUGGAAGAGGCUAGAGCGCAGCGGUCUCGUAGUAUAACGUGCAGUUCCCAACACCUUCCCGCCUCCAAUGCUUCCGUUCUCUCUAGUAACUCAUCCAACGUGUUCCCUUUUCCCGAAGACACGACAAAUGGUCAAAGUCCAUCGGGCCAUAUUUCAAGGGGUCGUGCACGGUCUGUCAGUGCCGGUGUACGUGCGAAGCAGGCUCUGAACAAUAUUGUGACGUCCACUACAACAAAAACUGAACGCCAGGACUCGGAGCACACACUCUCGGGAUCGACUACUAACGGUCAACCGGGUGGAAGGAUGUUGAAAAAUAAAAGGAGUGGGUUUUUGAGAUUAUUCAAUGGUGCCAAAGACGAUAAAUCUCCUCCUCCCCCCGUUCCCUCAUUGUCGGACGGAUUUGCUGCGUUCAAUGCCAACCAGGCAAUAGGACCAAAUAACAACAAACUCAAUUCACGUCGCAUUCCAGUUCCCCAGAUAUCUCCCACUCUACCCGAGAGUGUUUCCUACUCGUCUGAAGGGAACUACUUGAGUGCAAAAUCGAACUCAACUCCGAAACGCAUUCCACCCCCACCCCUCUUUCUGCAAGGCCACAACAAAGUGACAAACUCAGUACGAGGGGAGGCGUUUAGUGAAGUGCCGCUGAGUGCCCCUGCUCACCUAUCGCAAUUUCCUGCUCUGAAAUUACGCCCACUAUCUUCGGCGUUUAGCGCUCAGUUUGGUGAUCAUAUUCUUCCUCGUUCUCCUGAACCGGAGACACCAAGCUCAGUCACAAGUGCAAGUGCCGCCAUAUCACCUAUCACACCGGGACUUUACGGUAGACCAGACAACUGCACGGUGUCAAGCAGUGAAAAUUUACCAUCUUCCUGCAGCGAGGGAGAAGACGACAGCACAGUCGUUCGUCGUAUACAAGAGCAGAUCUCACGGACUAGACUUGCCUUCCAACAACAGGUAUGGGAACUGGAAGGCCAAGUACGGGAUCUCAAGGUCGAUCUGGAAAGCGAGCGGCAGAAAUCCACCUUUGUGCGGGAUGGUCCCUAUUGUGACAAGUGCGGAAGAGGGAAGCGUUCCGAAGAGAAUGUCAGUAUAGUUAACAGGCCGCGAGCCCGCACUGGGACCGGUCAAUCUCGGUUCGGGAGCACUACAUAA